GGUAAAACUGUCGUUUUAUGGCGAUGUAUGCACUAUUGAACUUCCUUUUCUGUUUCCAACUAACCUUCAGCUAUUUUUUACCGUAUCCCUUCAUGUACGCGGAUCUGAGAGACUUGAGAAAAGCAAAGGAAGAAACUUGGCGCCAUAUGGACAAUCAUCAGUGGAGCGGAAUAUGUUCAGUGGGGCGCAGCCAAUCACCAGUGGAUCUUAUGCUGGGAGAUGCUGAGGUUGUCAAUUACGAUAGCAUUCAUUUCAACAACUAUCACUUGACUGGUCCUGUCGUUGUAGAACAUGAUGGACAUGGAGGUGGCAACUUAGACGCUACAUACUAUCUAAGACAACUUCAUUUUCAUUGGAGCAGUGAGCAUACCUUCAAUGGUUUACGGUAUCCUGCUGAGCUGCAUCUUGUUCAUAUUUCUAACAAAUAUGACCCCAGCCGUAAUAUGAGUCUCUCGGGAAAAGUUGCCGUGGUAGCAGUCCCUAUCCUAGUGGGAGACUCUUUUCUGGCUAUUCGAGGAUUAGAUGCUUUGUUUCUGGAGCGCAAUAACUCAACAGAUUCAAAGCUUAGCGAAUUUAGUCCUAGCGUUCUCGUACCUGAUGAUACGAAAACUUUCUAUAGGUACUCAGGCUCCCUUACGACUCCACCAUGUACCGAAGGCGUCACGUGGACUAUACUAACAGAACCCGUGUUGAUGUCUUCUCAACAGCUGAAUGCUCUGAAAUCUGCUCAUGGCAUUGGUGAAGAAGAAGAAGAAGAAGAAGAAAAUAUCAGACCAAUUCAACCUAUGAACGGAAGGAAGCUGUUGCUCAACAAAGCCGGAAAAAUCCUCAUCGAGGGGGAUACCAUGACCAAGGUGCUGCUGAUACUGGGCUCGCUAGUACUGUUACUAGUCGCUCCGCCAUUGGUGGUUCUCUGGGUGAUUUACAAGAAAGCGACCAUAGCAAAUCUUCACAGGGAUAUAGCAAACUCGUCCAAUUCUCUACCCACCAUAGAAUCUGAUUCACACUCUGAAGAGUCGAAUACUCAGCCUGAGACAUCUACAUCUUCCUAUGAUGAGCGGCUAUGAUACAGUUUGAGGACUGUAAAAAAUUCUAUUUUUGAAUUUGUCCAGUGCCAUACUUUUGAACUUGACUGCUCAAUAUGAAAAGAAUCUGUACAUUUUUUACCGUAUGAUAUACUUGCUAUUAGCGCAGCUUUACCUGUAUAUUGGUAACUUGUGAUCCUGUGAAUUUCCGUGUUUUUUUGGGAACAUUUUCCUUCAUGCGUGAUCAACAAAAUCAUAGA